ACCUGGGCGGGUGUUGGUGUUGUCAUGGCUGAGCUCGCGCACGGUGUGGGUGUAUUGGUUUUGCGAGCCAGUUAGCAAACGAUGUUCCAAAAGAUUUGCUCGCUCGGUGCCCGUUCGGUGUUCAGUAUUAGCUCGGCCAAGCUAACUGUCGGAUGGAGAUUUUUAGUGCGUGUUUCGUGGUUUCCCAUCACGGUUUUAAUUUUGAUAUACACCACUGGUAGCGGAUGAGAAGUUGUAAGGUAGCGCCAGUGGAAGAAAAAAGUGUUUUCAAGCUGUAGUUUUAUUGAGUGUUACAUUCUUCGGGAGUUCCGAGUGCAAAUUUCAUACUGCUCGCGAAUCGUGCAGAAUCAAGACAUGUAACCAGGGUCGGCUAUGGGCUGCUCCCAGGAUUAGUCAGUGUGGCUCGCCUAGGCAUUCAUUUGUUUGAUUAAAUGCCAGUAAAAUUUAAGGCGGUCGUUCCUAUCCGUGGUGCUUACGAUCAGAUCCACAGAAGGAAAUAAAUUGAAUGCCCUGCACCUGGAAACCCAUACAAGGUGUCUUUAAGUGCCAUCGAUGCUCUUGGAAUGUUUAUUCGGUACGUGUGUGCAACCAAGGUGCUCCUCUUGGAAAGUUGCGAUCCAUAGGCACAUGAAGGUUAACAGAAAACAAGACACCGGAUUGGCGUUGUGAUAAAGAGUUGCUUGUGUUAAAAUACUAGGGUCCAGAUGAUCUGCGGGCCAAGUGACUUCCCCAGGUUGUGUUCCCAGUUUCAUUAAUCGUCAACCAGUUUUUGACAUCUCGCAGACCGAGCUAUGUGUAUACAAAUAUUUAGACAUAAAAUAAGCACAAAUAUGCAAAAGUGAAGUUUUUUCUCUUUGAUACCACAUACACACACAGGUCUCCAACUACUGACUGAUAUAUGCGUCACACAUAGCGAAUGUAGCGGGCAGAAAAGAGCUGAAGAAGACGAUUGAUGCGAGAGAUUGAGAGAAAGAUUACCACUCGCUCUCACCGAGUGCAUGUUGUGACUAUGUAAUAAUCGCACGCGGAGUGUUGUUCGUUCGGUGUGUUGGAUGCUUGUGCGUGCGGGAUUUAAAAUUCCGGUGUAUGCUCCCUGAAGGUCUGCAGGUUGUCACGGUCAACACUGGGCCCCCAGACCUGCAAGGUGAAUCACGGUGCAUCGGUUGAUAGUCCUGACGGUGUAAAAACGAGUGCGAAGUGCUUACUGUUUCGAGGUAAAUUGCAAAUAUUCAGCAACCACAGUCCCUGCGUAUUAUCAUCCUCAACAGAAAAAAAUAGCAAUCCAGCGAGAGAGAGAGAGAGGUGAGAGAAAAAACAGGUGUCAGUAGCACUCAAAAAAUGUGUAUUAAUGCAGUUUCACCGACCGCAGCAGAAAAACAGUAAUCUGCCCUCGUCUGAGCGUCAACCGUGAAAAGAAGUCACCAAAAUGAGAAAAUAAAUUUAAAUUUUAAUCGAUGUUUUUCGAAGGCCGGUGGAGCGACCAUAAGCCAGAGGAACGAGAGGAAAAUGUGUUGCUAAAAAAUUUCCACCCUUUACGGCCCUUUUUCGUCGUCGUCGUCGUUGUUGUGUGUGCUUAUGCUAAUAAUAAAUGAGUGUGUAAUAAAAAAAAAUAGGCGAAAGCAGUCGACAGCUGAAUAAAACAAGCAAUCCACCAGCGGUUUAUAGUAAGGGGGACACAAGUGAAACGCGUGUAUUUCGAGUGUUUUAUUAGUGUCGAUGUUCGCGCAUACAUAAUAGCGCAGGUGAAUCAAUCCAGCCCGUGUGCAGGGUGCGUAGUAAUAGUUAGGUGUGAAAUCUACAAGCAAUUACCGUAGAGUUUGUUAUUGUUGUUCGUCCUUCGGAUCUGCGUGCAUCCGGAAUAGAUCAAUCGAUGUCGUCAACGUUUCUCGAGCUCUUAGUGUUUAAGCGUUCUUCUUCCUCCUUCAUUUGCGAUCGAAAAAUGUAUUAGUGUGUGUCUAAGUUUUAAACAAAGAGAGAAAAAAAAUCUCAUCUUGGUGGGUGCCCGUUGACAUAAAAAAAUCUUCCAAAGUGGCCGCGUCGAAGAAAUCCCGAGGCGCCUUGUCGGAAGGUCGCCUGACCACUGUGACCGCGACGGGUACGGAGACCGGCACCAGUUUCACCAACUCCCGCCAGGGCUCCGUGGAUGGGGUGAUGCAACGAUGCGGUCUCUGCUCGAUCAUAUCCAGCUUGUUGCGGCGGGCCAUGUGCGUCGGAUCCAGGCGUGGUAGUGGAGAAUCGUACUACCAGGAGUUGCCGGAAACAAAUGUAAGGAUGAAAUCGAGCGUAAAAACCAGAAGUAGCUCUCAUAUCAAGAUCCCAGACGUUGCCACAAUGGAAACCACGGAUAGCUCCAGCUAUAAACGACUGAUAUCUACGACAUCAAACAUGAUACCAUCAACAAUUACGGUGACUACAACAGCGGCAACGGUGACGACGGUACCCUACCAGCCGACGCAUCGAAUGUCCGAUCAGGAUAGACCUCUCUUCGAGGCUCUAAUAGCUGACGAGUACUCGGAGAAUCCCCGACGUCGGCACGCUUGCACUGGCCGCUUUCUGACGAUGCACAAGCGGCGCAGAAAGAAGCUCAACACACGCAGCCUCGUUCUGGAUCAAGCUAUUCUCGAUGACAUCCUACAUGGCCAGGUGCAGUGCAUUCUGGACCGAGUCGGCAACUGGCGCUUCAAUGCUUUCACCCUGGAAACGGUCACUGGUGGACGUUCACUGCCUGUUUUAUGUGUUCAUUUGUUCCAUUGGUACGGCCUUUUGGACCACUUCAAUCUAGACGUAGUUAGAUUAUGGAAAUUGUUUAGUUUAAUCGAAGAAGGUUACCAUAGUACGAACCCGUAUCACAAUUCAAUUCACGCGACUGACGUAACACAAGCAAUGCACUGUUUCUUGCAAGAGAGACGCAUCCUGGAGAAUCUGAGUCCGUUGGAAAUUAUGGCGUCGUUGAUCGGUGCCGUCACCCACGACCUGGACCAUCCUGGUGUAAAUCAACCGUUCUUGAUAGCGACCUCCAACCACUUGGCGGCGCUGUACGAGAACACAUCGGUGCUAGAAAAUCAUCACUGGCGAUCGGCCGUCGGCUGUUUGCUGGAGAGUGGCGUAGCGGAGCAAAUACAGGGCAUUCGACCGGAACUGGAAAAGCAAAUCAGCUCUCUAAUCCUGGCGACUGAUAUCACCAGACAACAGGAAUUCAUUUCCAAAUUCCGAGAGUAUCUUGGCAGAGAAAGUCUCGACAUGCGUGAUAAGGAACAUAGACACUUCAUUUUGCAAAUCGCACUGAAAUGUGCGGAUAUUUCGAAUCCCUGCCGGCCAUGGGAUAUCAGUAAAAAGUGGAGUAUGAAAGUAUGCGAGGAGUUCUUCCGCCAAGGUGACUAUGAAAGACAGCUCAAUUUACCCGUAACUUCUUUAUGUGAUCGUCAUUCAACGUCGGUGCCCAAAAUCCAGACCGGGUUUUUCAAAUUUGUUGUGACCCCUUUGAUGGACGAAUGGCAUCGCUUUCUUAAGACAGAUCUUUCUCAUAAUAUGAUGUAUCAUUUAAAAUUCAACCAAAACCAGUGGGAAAGCAAACUGCAGGCAGAAAUCAACGAAGAAACCCGAACAGAAAUAUCGGAUGCUGAACUGCUUGAAGAAGAGGUGGCGGACGAGAGCGAUGACCAGGACGAACCAGCAUUGGAUCUUUCGGAUAGUUCGGAAGUGUUAAUUCCGAAUAUCAGCAAGUUCGAACGUCGUGGUUCGCUUCAAAUUCCUGGUUUUUGCAGUGCUCGAAAUGAACGUCGAUUUUCUGUGCCAGUACAUAGCAUACCGAAAAUUGUGCUUCCCGCGCGAGACCACCGUGGUUCAAAUCACCCACCAGAAUCGAUUCAGGAGAGCGACGAGCAUAAGUUUGACAACGAUUCGCUCUCUAUAUUCUCAUCGGACAGUGACAGUCUGCAUAGGGGAGCCCGUGGUUCAUCUACCGGAAGUACGGCUGACCGUGAGCGUCCGUUGAGUGCUGAGAAUCUUCUUCCAGACUGUAGUAUCGCUUCAAUGACCGAUGGUGUAUGUGGUGAUCGAUUGAAUCUUGUGCUUCACGGUGCCGUUAGUGUAGGCAAUACCGCAAAUCUUCUCACCGUUGGAACUUCCAAGCAUCUAAUCAGACAACAAACCUUCCCACCGUUGCAACCAUACAUACGCACCCGUUACAUGUCUUCACAAGCAGAGCUCGGUGCUUGUCCUGAGGCACUGCUCGAAUCGAACUCCAGCAGCAGCUCUUCCAAUUCCCACCCAGAUGGAAACAGUGAAUCUCGUGGCGUUUUAGUGGCUAAGAAGAAAGAAACUAGCAAGCGAGAAACGGAUUCGUCCAGUUCCGUAGAUAAGGCCAAAAUUCCGAAGCUCUCUCUAGGCCAGAAGGAGAAUCUCGACCCGUCGAUGCUAAAACGAACCCUAAGCCGAAGGCGCGGUUCUGCACCGGUCACCGUCGCGUUACCACCGAAGCCAACCGAUCCGGAACUCAACGUUCCAUUCAUCAUCAAAGGCUGUGAUCUACGGCGAGGUUCUGUGCCGGCCGAGUUUAUCACCACCAUGCAUACAAAAGACCAAACAAACGGUACCCAGCCGGAACCGCCCUCGUUGCCGAACAACAUCGGUCCGGUCUACAAUACCCAGCGACGCGGGUCGGUUCCCUGCGAAGGCUCCAACAGUGUUGUGAUCCGUAGUAGCUUUAGCAUCAAGCGACGCAGUGCGAAGAAAGCCCUCCGGCGACGUUCAUCCGGUGGGGCUGAGAUCCUCAGCCCAAUUCUUUCGGAGGAUGCAACGCCCGGCAGCAGCUCAGCAUCGUCGACCGCCUGGCAGCGGUUCAAACGGCGUACCGAUACCGAUAAUCUUCUGUCCCGGCGGCGUGGAUCGCUGCCGGUUGAGGUGCUUACGAUCGGAUAUUCAGGAACGUUACGUCAUUAGGUUCUGAGCUACGACUAGGCGAAGGAUGGAACACUUUUUCCAACAUCAUUAUCAACAAAUUAAUUGGUACGAAUGCUGCGCAUCCAAAACAUCAAUCUCCUAACCCCGUUCCGCACACCCGCGCACACAGCAGUGGUGGAAAACGCAAGCCGUUGGUGUAUGAACAUUAUGGAAGCUGCCUGCGCUGUUGGAGAUGUACCAGAAAAGUAAAAAUUGACUGAGCUUGGACUUUUUCCCCGCCGCAUGCUGCAUAGUUUUCAUCUGUUCAAAUUCGGCCGAACUAGUGUAGAUAAUAAAUAUAUGUAACACUCGGAACGCGUCGAUGUAGCCGAUGUAGAAGAGGAAAAGUUUUCCUCUACGAAACCAGAAACCAACUUCGCAUACGGAUGCCCAAAUGAGUGUUAUAAUUAUACAAACUAUGAAAUGGAAAUAUUUUCCGGUAAGCUAUUCUUCCCAAUUGAAUUGAAUCAGAUUAAGGUUUUGCUUCGUGCAGACAAACCGAGUUGAAAGUUUCCUAAAUUGAAACUAUUUCGCUGCACUUGCGAUGUCCUGUUGCAGGAAAGGGUGUCCCCGUAGUCUGAAGUUGAUUUCAUGUUCUGAGAAUUCAUGUAGGAUAUCAUAUUUAUUUACAUUUUUAAAUUGUUAUCUCAGUCUUCUAAGUAAAAUGAUGUUAGCGAAGGGAUUAAUUUACGUAAUGAACAUUUACACGUUUUCGAACCAAUUGCAGAGAAUGUAAGACACCCUUUCCCAACACCGAGCCGUAGUGCUGUGAGAAACAGAAAUCUGCAAUAUAACCUAUUUAAGAAUCAUACACAACAUUAAACAGUUUAGAAUCAUUCGAGUUGGCAGGAAAAAAAAGACGUACCAUUUUACAAUAAUCCACCCACAUGCAGCAGCAGCAAAACCAAUCGAAACAUUUUCGCAUACGGGAUAAUAGCGUGAGGAUGUGUAGCACAGAGAAGAAAGCUAUCGAAAAUUGCAUCGUCGUGCAGUGUGCCGUACCAUGUCAGAUGCUGCAGUUAUCCUAAUUCAAAUUGAAUUUUACCCCAAAUUUUACACAAGAAGUGCACAUAUUAUUCCAAUUUUCAUAGGCUUUAGCUGGUCCCGAGUUGCGAUGAUGGUCUAACAAAAGUCAGUCGUUGUAUGUUCAUACCCCGUCUAGCAAUUGCAGGGCUAGCUAAAAUGUCACACUUUCCGCAAUGAUUGACCGAUUUGGGUCCUAUGAACCAGUUUUGAAAGUGCGGUGCACGGAGAGAGGAAAACUUUCCGUUGCAGUCGAUUACGUUCGGUUUAAAAGUUUUAUAUGUACUCUCAUUUUUGCAUGCACAAUCGCUACUGGAGACAGCUUAAGCAGCUAAACUGCUGCCCAGAUAUAUACAUAUCGGGAGCAUGCGGUCCCCAGUGGAAUGGACGUUUUUAUCCGAUGAGUUUGUUGUUUUUUUUCCGCAGUGCAGAUCGGUCGGAAUAUCUGCCAGCCAGCUAUGCAUACAUUUACACAAACUUUGUAAAUAAAUAUGUUUUGCUUUAGUUUGAAUUUUAAAAAGCUGACUGUUUCAUACGAGAUAAAUAGUGAGAGGGAGAUAAAAUGUUGAUGGGUUUUCCAGCGAAAUGGCAGAAGGGACCUUGCUGUUGAUGUUUUAAAAUUCAUAUAGCCGAAAUGCAACCACAACUUUUUUUCUAUUAAAUAGAUAUGAAGUGAAGCUGAAUAUGACCCUGAAUCGAAAUGUGUGCGAAAUAGACCAAAAAAGGCAAUUUCAAACCAUAAUCACUAUUUUUUGGAAUAGAACUGUCGAAAAAAUUGCAUACAAUUGUAUAUUUGUAUCCAAAUUGUUUCCAUGAUUGUUAUCAACAAUCUAGCUUCAGAUCUUACGUGGUACUCUAUACCUUACCUUACCUUACCUCUCUAUUUCUGGUACCGGUAGGGUUGCUGGAGAGAAGUGAUUCCACAGAGUUGUCGUCCAUCCUCAUAACGCGGCCGGCACACCGCAGCCUACUGACUUUCGCCAGGUAUGCGAUGCGGUUCCCUCCAAGCAGCGCGUCUUUCUCCGUCGUUCGUUUGUACUCCACCGUAGAUAGUUCGCAGCAUUUUCCGUUGGAAGACUCCAAGGGCAUUCAAAUCCUCCGCGAAAACGUUGUUGUCUCAAGUCCGUAGAGGACUGCCGGUUUUAUCAGGGGUACAGCGGCAACUUCAUGCAUCAUCGCACUCGAUUCGAUCAAAGUGUCUUUCGAAAUAAAAAGCAGGAACGAUUUCCAACUUGAAUGUAUCUCUGGAUCUCCGAUAGCGAUAUUGUGCAAAUCGUGCCACUCGCAUCGUACCCACCCUUCAGAUCACACCCUCCUGGGCGAUGUUUCCCUACACACGCACGUAGCACAUCACUUGCAUUAUAGUGACUUUGAUCAAUCGCGUCUGUUUAUCCGUCGUGCAUAAUCUGCCAUAGAUGUUAAAAACCCGCUUUGUACUGGCAAUAGACGGCGGAACAUGAUCUGUCAGAGAAUUUUGCAGACUUCCUUCAUCCAUUCGUCUGAUAGCUUUUCCUCCUCCAUAGUUCUGGAUGUGACCCAGUACAGCGCGCUAACCAGCACCUCUCUACCAUGCUUAAAGAGCUCGCUUGCCAGUCCGUCCUUUAGCUUUAUUGCUCUUUAGCUUUCUGAUCUCACAACGAACUUUAUUAACAUCGGGGUCUGGUACUCAGUCAUCUACUGGUGAUGCUCCCAGGUAAGUUCCUUGGCUAGCUUUCUCAUAGAACGAUCCUCCUCCUGGCUCUUCUUUCGUCUGAGAAUCGUGGUCAUGUCGUUCCGUGCCCGGUUGUACUAGGACUUGCCCAGCUAUAUCGCCCAGAUCUUCUCAUUCACCACUGCCUCGCAUUCCUCGUCAUACCAGUCGUUUCUGCCGAUCAGUAUGCCCACUCCAGUGUCACCGUUGCGGUUUUCCUGGUGGCUGUGUAUAAAUUAGCCGUCGACGAGAAGUUAUGCACCAAGCCCCUUCACCGUGUGUAGUACCGCUUCGGACGUAUUCGCAGCAUGGUAGUCCCGGAGCUAAUAAGGGUCUGAGUCAAUAUCUUCACCGUGAUUGGUGCGUCCGUUGGUAAUAUCUGAGAAAAACUGGCCGUCGAUGAUAAUAUGGUAAAUUUGGUCAGGUGACCCCCCCAAGUGGUUUUGUGGAUGUCUUUGCGGGGAAAGAAGGUACUUCGUACUAGCAGUCCUUGGGAGAUAGCUGGCCACAAAGUUAGCUGGACGAUGUCUUUCGUCUCGGUGUGCAGACAGUGUGGCCCGGUCACAGAUUCAUACAUUUCUUCCUUGCCGAUCUGAAUGUGCAUCUCCCCGAUAACGAUCUUGAUGUCUCGACGCGAGCAGCUAUUAUAGAGCUUCUCCAGCUGCACGUUUAACGCUUCUUUCUUUACAUUUUUCACGAAGGCAGUGCACGUUGAAGAUACUGUUCUUAUAGAACCGGCUUCUUAUUUUCAACAUAUACACCCUGUCCUUGAUCCCCUGCCACUUUAUUACACGACCUUGCAUUUUGCCCAGCACUAUAAAGCCGGUAGUACUCCAGAAGUUUGGGAAAUUCUUUCUUGUAUUGAUGAUCCAAUUGAAAAUUUCUGAAGGGAACUACAAUUGAGGUGCCCCUGCCUCUGAAGAAAUACUAAUAAGCAAGGAUGGAAAAAGUCGCAUCGCAUAAUAAUCAUUCGGGAAUCAUAUCUGAAAGUGCUACUCAAAAGCUCUCGAUCCCAGUGAACCAUCGUAUACAUUCCUAAGACAAAUUAGACCGAAGGUAUACAUAUGGGUCAUUCCAUACGAAGUGACCACGAAAAAGUACAAACUUGGACACGACCAUCACAGAUUUUGCUCAAAGUUGGGAGAGUUAUUCAUCUACUGUCACUUUGGAAAAAUCCCCAAUUUGGUGUCGGUUGGAAUACUCCCCGCUCUGUGGGACCCCCCUGUCUAUUACCAAUUUUGUUCAAAAUCUCUUUUUUCUUUUUCUCACAAUUCAUAGACGUAAGAUGUCCGAAAAAUACUGACAGAUGAUUUUUGAAGAAAAUAAACCAAGGAAUCCAGAAAAAAUAUAAGUUUUGACCGGAAGUGUUGCCAGAUAAAUUGUUCUUGUAUUUAAAAACUAAAUUUACAUUUUUCGGCAAACGCAGCCAUUUUUAUUUUGAAUUUGAUAAUUUCAUCGUGUUCCUUGGAAAAUUAAUUAAUUAUUUUUUGACGUAGAACUACGUUUUUCUUUAGCCUACCACAUUGGGAUGUAAAUAGGAAAACUAUGAACGAAAAGGGGACGAAAUAUGUCCCUUUUUAAAUGCUUAUAAAUGGGUUUCUUUCAACCGAUUUCCUUCAUUUUUGCAGCAAUUGUUUGGAAAAUUAUACACGCAUCCACCCAAAUGUAGGAAAUUGUUGAUUGAUUAUGCAAACUAUUGUACUAUUGAUAAUUGUCAAGCCUUGUUUAAACGAAAAUUACGUCCUCUGAUUGGUCGUUAUAUGAUUGCUUCCCAAGCACGGUCGACAGAAUCAUAUACCUUGCAAUUGAAAACAUGCUAUUUGGCCUAUAUAAGAGCCUGUUUCAGCCGAAGCCGCUCAUAAUAAUUCUGGACAGCGACAAGUUGUCAACAGCAGUCGUCCUUCCUUAGCAGCAGCACUAGCCCUGUGGUUGGUCACCACGUCUCAGGAGCAGCGCGGUUCUUCUCAGCGUGUGUCGCCAGACUGCCAUUAUUCCCCCGUGUUAGGGCAGCAUGAAGAUCGUCAUCACCAAAUCCAAUUUUGAACAGCAAAAUGCCUUUUUUCAAGGCAAAUGAACAAGUCAUUGAAAGUUAAUAAUUUUUGACAACGUAAGCAAGCAUUCUGUGCGGAUUCUAGCAGUUACAUCUGUCGCGGCCGUCUAAUUAACAGAAGGUGAAAUAGCUUCCACAGUGCAUGUUGUCCGUGUAUCUUAGCAGCACAAAGGUUGCGAUCAGCAACCGAUUUUGAACAGCAAAAUGCCUUUUUUCAAGGCAGAUAAACAAGUAAUUGAAGGGUGAAAAUUUUUUAGCAUCAACACAAGCAAACAUUCUUCGCGGGAUCCUAGCAAUCAAAUUCUGUUGUAGUUUAUUUAGUUAAUACCCCCACUGUUGGGACAGCACAAAGGCUGCGAUCAACAUAACCGAUUUUGAAUAACAAACUGCCCUGUUAGAACGCAUUCAAAAAGGCAGUUAAUUCGAAUAUGCAGAGCUAAUAUGAAGUCGAUUCAAUCAAUCAGCAUUAACAGAAUUCCGUCGUCUCCCAGCUUCUAAGUUGCAACAUGAUGCAACACGCAACAACGAGCAAACGAAAUCGCUUGAUGUUACAAACCGCAAUAAAAUACGGGUUAAAACCGUUGCGUGUGUGAGAGAGCACCAUCGGUGUUUAUUCGUUGGAAACAAAUAUUUCCUCUAAAGAAUAUUAGAGAAUUAGACAACUGAACAGAAAGGCGUGGCCUAUUACGUAGCACCCUUCGGCUAUAAAAGAGUGUUUCUGGGAAAAUUAGCUACAUUCAUUAGUCGGAAGGCGAGCUGGAUGAACCGUCCACAACGUUGACAGCAGUAGAAGCAGAUACAGCACUCAGAAGUAACAGCGGGUUGCGCCUGUGGCUGCCUUCAAAUUAAAGUAAGCAGCGCAGCGCGGUUCUUCUCAGCGUGCCUCGCCAGAGUGCCAUUAUUCCCCCGUGUUAGGGCAGCAUGAAGAUCGUCAUCACCAAAUCCAAUUUUGAACAGCAAAAUGCUUUUUUUCAAGGCAAAUGAACAAGUCAUUGAAAGUUAAUAAUUUUUGACAACUCAAGCGAGCAAUCUGUGCUGGAUAGUAGCAUUUUAAAUCUGUAGCAGCCGUCUAAUUUACAGAAUGUGAAACAGCUUUUACAGCUCGUGUUUUCAGUGUCUUUAUUACCCCACUAUUGAGACAGCACAAAGCAAGCAUUAGUAGACUUUAUGACUCAUUAAUGAAACACCUACAACAAUGCAUUUGUUGAUAGUGUGCGUAGUUCUACGUCAGUUAUGCGGUCGUGUCUUGGAUACAACCUCCUACUUUUUUUUACAAUUUAUAGACGUAAGACACUUGGAAAAUAGUGAUAGGUGAAUUUUGAAGAGAAUAAACCAAGGAAUCCAGAAAAAAUAUUCUUUUUGACCGGAAGUGUUGCCAGAUAGAUUAUUUUUGUAUUUUAAAACUAAAUUUGCAUUUUUCGGCAAAUGCAUAUUAUUACCCCAUGGUAAUAUGAGCCAAUCUCGAGAUAUGGCAUUUUUACGGAAAUAGUUCUGAAUUUCGUAAUUAAUUUUUCGUAAAAAUGUUAUAUCUCAGGAUUAGGUCAUAUUACCGCGGGGUGUUAAGUUUUUCUUACAUACAAUUUUCUGAGAAACACGAUGAAACCAUCAAAUUUAAAAUAAAUUUAGCUGCAUUGGCCAAAAAAUGCAAAUUUAGUUUCAAAAUACAAAAAAUAAUCUAUCUGGCAACACUUCCGGGCAAAAACAAUAUUUUUUCCGAAUUCCUUGGUUUAUUUUCUUCAAAAUUCACCUAUCACUAUUUUCCGGGUGUCUUACGUCUACAAAUUGUAAAAAAAUUAAUUACGAAGUUUACAACUUUUUUCGUAAAAAUGUUAUAUCUCGAGAUUGGCUCAUAUUACCUCGAGAUGAUAGUUGUUUCUUAUGUCCAUAUGUAUUUUCUUCUAAAAUCAUCUAUCAGUAUUUUUCGGACAUCUUACGUCUAUGAAUUGUAAGAAAAAGAAAAAUGAGAUUUUUGACAAAAAUUGCGCGACUUUGCAAUAAAGAGGGGGUCCUAGAGAGCGGGGGGUAUUCCAAUCGACACCAAAAUUGGGAUUUUUCCAAAGAGACAGUAGAUGAAUAAUUCCCCCAACUUUGAACAAAAUCUGUGAUCGUCGUGUCCAAGUGGCAUGUACACUUCGUAUGGAAUGACCCAUAUAGUGAUUGUACUCGCGCGAAAUCAUGCUUUCACCGUGAUACACGCAAUCUCACGUUCACUUGGAUUCAUAAUUUUCUUUCACUGGCGAUAACUUUUCAAAGCUUCUCGCGCGCGAUACUAUUGAAUGCAAGUAAACUUGGAUACAAUAGAUAUUAUCAUUCUGUCUCCUUGUAUUGUUUUCGGGACAAUCGGGAGUGAAAAACAAUCCAAAGCGUUUCUAUGCAAAACUUGCACGCGAGUGAGCUUGAUUAUAAGAUACGUGUUGAAUCGAAGAACUCAUUUGCAUGAAAUAUUGCGAGUGAGUGAAAAUUCCAUGCUUGCUUACAAGUUAUCAUUACUGGUUGGAUCCCGAAUGCAGAACGUGAAAGACCAACGCCAGAUCACUCAAACAUCGUGAGCUUAGAGUUUAUCAUAAAAUCACCACUCUUGACUUUCUGCAAGAUCUUCACAGCUGUUGGACGCAAAAUGUCACAUGUUACAAAAAGGGAAAACGAGAAAAACCCAUUUAAAAUUUCAAAAUAUAACUAUGCUAUUUUCGCACAAUUUUGAUUGAUUGACUUUAACGAAAUACAUUAUUGAAGAACAGGUGCGUGGCGAAUUUUUGCAGUAAAGGAUAUGUUUUAGAAAUUUUACACUGGUUAGUCAUGACUGUUUUAUGGUUUAUAUUUUUAUUCAAAAAAAAUCACCCCAUGCACGUUAUACCAAGUUUCAAUUCAUAGAUGUCCUCACCUCCAUAAUCUUAACUUUGAGCGACCUAACUGUGGUGUGAGGUGUGCGAUUAGUAUUUCACUCAACACAAAACAAUCCAAAGAAUUGAUAUCGGAACUACUAGUUAGACCUGGAGAGGUGACAACCCUAACUUGAACUGACCCAGGAGUUUUUCAGCAUUCUCCAACCACCGUGAUCUAGUCACGACGUUCAUGAAUUGAUCUCUGCAUAGCAAAUACGACUUAUAGCCAAGAUUUUUUGGUAUAACUUGCCAGACACCCGAUUUCCAUGACCUCAUUGACCUCGCUGGAUUCUUUUUAUUUUUUUUUCAUUUUUUACCCUGCAACUGUGUUUCUUCCGAGUAGGUAGUUUAUUACUUUCUCAAUCCUUUUGUAUAUAGUAUAGGUUCUUUCCGACACUUUUCUCGUUUGCUUUUGCGCGCAAUAGAACGACGAAGGUUGAACGAUUACUCUCUUGUAUCGAAAUCUUCAAGUAGAGAUGGGCGAUACUAGCAUCGAUACCAACGGUAUCGAUACUGGGGGUCACGGUAUCGAGUAUUUUGGCAUCGAUACCCACCACGAGAGAUGAGUACCGGUAUCGAUACUCUCUAAAUGAUGAUUUUUGAAAAAAAAAAUUGCAGGUCUAAUGCCGAUACUAUCGAAGCAACGAUAAUCGAUACUCCGUCAGCCGAUACUUUGAUGCCUGGUAUCGAAGCCCAUUGAAGUAUCGCGAUACCAAAGUAUCGAUACUUUCGUCAGUAUCGCCCAUCCCUAUCUUCAAGUAUACUCCAUACUAGAGAUCCUUAGAGGGAGAGAUAAGCGAUGAAAAAAACCGCUGAUUUGGCAACUAGGUUUCACAUAUCAGAGGUGCCAAGUCGCUUCUCAAAGCGCAAUGUUCACUAACUUUUUUAUUCGGCUCGUAUAACUGAUGGUGACGGUUGAAGUCCUGGGGAAUAAUAAAGUGCAUCACAAAAACCGUGAAGGUGUUGAAUUUUAUGUUUAUGUUAAAUUUUAUAUACUUAUAUCAUUAUUCUGUAGACCAUACAAAUGGUUUGUGAACUAGGGAUGGGCGAACGGCUCACUAGCCGUUCGUAUGAACCGGUUCUUAGAAAAGAGCGAAAGAACGAACGGCUCACGAAAAAGAGCCACGGUUCUUUGAGCGCAACAGAACUGAUGGGUUCGCGCGAACUUGAAGUUCACCGAGAAAACACGAACUGUCAACGCUCGUGAAUCGUUGCGAACCAUGAGCCGCUCAUAUGAGUCGGUUCAGAACGGUGAGUGAGCGGUUCAGAGCCGCUCUUGCAAAAGAGCCGUUUCGCCCACCCCUAUUGUGAACCACCAGUUAAAAAUCACUGUGAUGAAGCAACUUUGGAGCAUUCUCAAUUCAUGUUUUAGCGAUAAAACAUGAAAAACGUGUAAAAAUAAAUAUUUUUUUCAUUGAGCCUUAUUGCAAUACCUUUCAACGUGUUACCUUUCUUGUUCAUUUGGCUCUCACAACACUCUCUUCGCAUAUCUCUCCCUCUGAGUAUUGCUACUCCAUACCGAUUGUUUACACUUGACACCUAACAGCAGGGAUGCCAGGUCAUUUUGUGAAAUGUCUUCACGCUCCGCGAAAAAUAUCUUCACAUGUGAUGCCAAGUGAAAACCACCAAAUACCCGCGAACUGGAAAAUGUCAAGCAAAGAAAAGGUUGCUACCUCUGCAAAUUUCGGAUGACUUCCCAUAUCUCCCAAUGUUUUCCCGUCGUCUUCGCAAAUCAAGAUGUCUUCACAGCUAGGUAAAUGUCUUCAAAUUUAUGACAUGUCUUCCAAUCUGGCUUCCUAAUAGUAUAAGGUUAUCAGUGGUGUCAGAUAGUCUGAAUCUUGUUCCGCAAACAUGAGAAAUUGUUGUUUGUUGUUUACUGCAAAAAUUUGUCACAUAUCAUAUGAGUUUUAGGCAGCAUCCAUAAAUUACUUAACGCUCAUAGGGAGGAGGGGGAGUAUCCUUGGGCGUUACGAUUUGUUACAUAGGGGAGGGGGGGGGGGAGGUAAGAUCAGCGUUACGUAACAAAAAAUCUCUGGAGAGAAUCUCCAAAAACGAGCAUUUUUAUCCAACAAAUUAUUCUACAGCGUUACGUAAUUUUUAAGGGGGGGGGGGGGUAUGUGUUUGCAUUACGUUUCAUUACACAUGGGCGAUGAGGGUCCGAAAAUUAGGUUUUUGCGUUACGUAAUUUAUGGAUAUCGCCUUACUAAAAUAUUAGAAAAAUUAAACAAUUACUUUUUUCAAUGAAAACCCGAAUGUAAUGCUUGUGCCGUGCAUACAGUAAACUGAGAUUGUUGUUGUUGUUUGGUUUGACAUUUCACGAGCGAUGCUUGUACUACAUUGGUGCGGUUUUCCGUUUUGGUUGUGUCGAUAAAAGCGAAGUAUUUGAAGCAAUACGGACUAUCAAGCAACGAAAAAAUCGCGAUGAGAUUCAGCGGGUUCGAUUUGUAAAACAUCACAGAUGAGCAAUUUUUGUCCGCGCCGCCAUGUAAAGUACUGAUACCGACUGCAAAGGUCGACUAAUCGAUUCUCAGCAGGCUUGCCAGAUUUACGGAUUCACUUCUACGGAUGUGCUAGUAUACGGGAAUUCCGUAGAAAUCAGGAGAAAUUCGUAGAAUCUACUGAUCUACUGCUGACGGUCAAACCAUUACCAUAAACAAGACAACAACCAUCUUUAAGAUAUACAAAUGCAUUGUGUAUGAAAAGCGAAAAAAGAGGACCAGAUGAUCUACUUAUUUUUACAUGCUACUUGUUUCAUAUAGACACGACGAUAGAUAGAUGCAAUUCAGUCUGGUUCCGGUUGGUAACAAUUUAAACCUUAUUAUUUUCAGAGUUAAUUUCGGGCAUAUGAAUCCCAGAGCGCCUCAACUGCCUCCCCUGAACUGAACUAAAAAAUAUUUCCGUCAAGUUUCAUUUAUCAGCCAUGGUGCUAGCUAUAAGUUGAUCCAGAGAUAUCGACGAUAGUGUUCCGGAUCUUUGCGCUUCCUUUUUAUGAAAUUUCAAAACUUUUUUUAGAUUGCGUUUAAGAUUUAGUUCAGUAGACGUAAUGUAACGUUGGUAAAAUUGAAUGUUCAAGGUUUACACUCAUUCACUCUACGUACAUUCAUUUGGUGCUUAUUGAUUGAAUGCACAGUCAUUCCAAUAAGGUGCUUGGUACUUACUUAACUACUUUGUUAGAAUUUACAGACUGAAGGAUCCAAAAUUUUUUUUUCCCCUAAAAAGGUUACAUUUACUACUGAAAAACGUGAUGGCUAGCGAAAAGUUGACGUCUCUGCUAGUUUAUAAUCAAACAACAAGGGCGGUGAAAUAACUAGCUUCAGCAAAUUAAAGAAUCAUUUCACAAAAUGCAAGGCUGACUGCACGAUUGAUGUCACAUACACACACACUAACAUACAAAAUAAUAGUAGCAUGAGAAUCCAAGUACAUAGCAGCAGUAGCUAGCAAAGAGUAAACAUAACCGUCAAGUUUUCAUCGCAGCAAAUUUUGGACUGUAGAAGUCACACACACAAAUACACAGCUCGUAAUAUAGAAUGAAUCUGGCUGGUCCCAGUUUUAGACCCUACUGAGCAGCAUAUUUGAGGUAAAUCAUACAAAAGAAUCAAACGUUAUUUGUAGCUACAGGCAAGUAUUGAAGAAAAGUAGUAUAUUACUGGACAAAUUCAACCCAAAAAUAUAACAAAUCAAUGUCAAACAGUUUAUGCAAAAAAACUGAAGAGUUAUUGUUUUGAAAUGUUUUUUUAUGGUUCUAAAAACGGAGUUUUGCUUUCUUUUAAUUUAUUUAGUGAUAGGUUUCGUUUUUUAUACUCGAAAGUAGAUAGUAUUUGUUUACCCAUUUUGAGCUAUAAUAUACAUUAGUUUCCAGAAUAAGUAAAUCAAUCUCACAGGUAUUUCAUAACCAGAUAGUAUAUAAACUACCAUAGAGCAAACCACCAUGUUCCAAACUAACACUAUUUCGUCGAUAGAAGAAGGAAUAGAAACCGCACAACAGAUAUAAACCCACAUACCUUCAGUAGUAGACUAAAAUACGGUGCACUGAGUUUACAAAACGCCUAUUUUGCUUUUUAAUUUCGUUCUUUGAUAACCACACCAAAAUAUAACUAUGAUCAUUGUAUCACAUAAACAUGCAUUGAAUAAAAAAAAUCGAAGGAUAACAAUGGAAAACAAUAGCAGAGUGUUGUAGGUUAACCCAAUAAAUCAAACUUGCUCAAAUGGUUCGAAGAAAAUAAACUUUCACUCUCUAUACAUUACAUACGAACAAUAUGAAACUUUAUUCUAGGACCCCCCACUUGGAAAUCUACACGGAACAAAACCUAUAUUGUCAGUUAUUUAGUAGAACGUACUGACCAUGAAACCUGUACUGUUUGCGAAAAUAGCACUUAAGGUAAAAAGAAAAAAAAACAAGGAAAUUCGAUAUUUAGGAGUAAUUACCAACUACGUUGUAAGCAAACCGAACUGAAAUCAAAAAAACAAAAAAAAUAGUGGAUGAUAUAAGUGAAAUUCUAUAGGCAAACGACAAACUAAUCGAUUAUAAGUGGUGCCGUUAUCAUUUCAACAAACAUAUUUUUGAAGUCUUAUUCCAAGUAAAAACGGGACACGGAAAACAGGUUUUUUUUUUCGAAUGUGUAACGCUAAGUUUAGAGUUAAUACUAACACACACAAAGAAAGUACAGCUGAAAAAUAAUAACACAAAAUUUUAUUAGAAAUGAGUUUUUUAUCGGUAUAAGCGGAAACUAUUGGAUGAUGUAGAUUUUAUUUAGAUUAGAUGAAUUAUCAAAACAAAAGUAUAGGUAAGAUAAAUGAUGUAGUAAGUAAAACACAAUUGUAUAUCGGUGUAACUGAAUUUCUGAAAAUAGUGUUGAAGUUAUUUGGUAUAGUACGGCAAAAGCUAACCUAAUUGAAACAGCAAACUCAGCAAAACUCAAAUACAGCAAACAAGUAGUUGUGGAAAUAGAAUAGUUUGAAAACAAAUAGUAUCAAAAAACAGUCAUGCAGCAAACAAGAUUAAAAGAAAAAACACAAAACAAAUAUGAACAUUUAUCAACCCGAUUCAAAACUACAGUAAAUUAGAUCAAAAACAAGAAAAAAGACUUUCGACAUUAUUCUUGCGAUACGUAUAUAUAUUGAGAGGAAGAGAGCAAAUAAAUAGUCAAGAAAACAAACAAGCAACAAUUUUCCACUAAUUCUAUAUAGGGACAAUGUCUUAUACAAUCAUCUCUUAUAUGAUUAUUGAGGACUUUUCUUGCUAUGAUUUUUCCAGAAGAACUUUACACAACAAAGAAAAACAACAACUUUUUACUACUGAAAACACACAAAACCAGCAAUGAGCAAACCAAGCACUCUUAAGAUAACUUAUUCUAUAGCCGUAUAGGAAAGAACCAAGCGAGGAACUUUACAUUUUACGCAUAAACCACUGCGAAAUAAAUAAAAAAAAAUAGAAUCGUUGUGAGUGAAAUCAAAGCACCGUAAAUUUGAGGUUGGAUGAACAGAACUCGUUCUACGUUUUGCCAGCCGGACUGGCAUUAAAUGUUUGAUUGUGUUUGUAGUGAAACAUAAUAGCUCCUGUGCUGCAUACUAAGAAAAAAAAAAUAAAACAACAAAAAACUCCUAUUGAAGGCGAUUGCGAAUGGAAAUAGUAAGAAUUUAUUUUUUGGUGGCAAAAAGAUUAAGACAAACCAUUGCUCAACUGCUCCUUGAAGAUGUUUUUGACGUAAAAAAUUCAACUAUUCAUUAUCCUCUAUAUACGCAAUAUUUUAAUUUAAUCACCUUGAUUUUUUUUCAAUCUCUGCUUCUAUCGGUCCUGUCGUCGUUAUUCAUAUAAGCAACUAUAUUUUAAAAAACUACAAUUUUUAAAAACCUAAACAUCCCUUCUAAUUGCUAUUCUCCUAUCGUUUUCAACCACUUCGUGACCAAAGGGUUUUCAAAACUUCACAUUCGUGUCGCCUAUUUCACACAGCACCAAGACAGCUGCGUUCGUGCUGAACUAAAAAGACAAACAGCAAAAAUGACGAAAAUCAAACAAACACAUGAUAAGAACGACACUGAGGAUUAACGAUGAAUAUUACUACUAUUACUAGAUGGCAGAAGCAAACAGAGAAGCAACCAGAAAAUUAAGUGUUAUAGACGAUAAGAGAGUAAAACAAAAUCAAAUUCAAACAAAAAGAACAUAAAUCAAAUUCAGUUAAAGAAAUAAGAAGCGAAGAGCCGAAAUUAAAAAAUGCGAAAAAAAAUGUUCAAAGCUCCCAACCAACCCAAACUGUGUGUGAGUGUAAGACGAUUCUGUUACGGUGAGUACCAACAAACAAGAAAACACAAGUAACUGUUAUUGUAACUAAUAUCAAGUAAUAUUCAAAACUAAACAAAAAAAACAAAAUGAUUCCGGCUGAGUGUGAACUUGAAUGCAAUAAAGUAAUGAAAAUCA